AUGCCAGCUCUAGCUUUUGGUCUGAAACCUGCAAAGCCCGGACCCGGCAUCUCAAAGACACCGGUCAAGCGUAAAGCACCAUUCGUAGACCAGCAAGACGAAGCACAAGACGACAGCGACAAUGAUCAAGGCGCAUUCAGCGCUCUGCAAAAGCCCAAGCCUAAGUCCAGGGUAUUUGGUAUCACUCCGCCAGUCGAAAGACCACGUAAGUCGCCCAAGCUAAGCGACGGCAACGACGCGACCAAAUACACCAAUCUGUCCGCGCUGCGCAGUGCGAAAUUACAGGAUGAAAACGCGGCGAAACUCGAUGCAUCCGUUUACGACUAUGAUGCGGUGUACGACCAGUUCACGGCCGACAAGCAGAAGAAGAGUAACGCGACCUCGAAUGGCGAGCCAACGGUCCCGAAAUACAUGAGCAACCUCCUUGCUUCGGCGGACGUGCGCAAGCGAGAUCAGUUACGUGCAAAGGAGAAAGCACUACAACGAGAGCGAGAAGCCGAGGGCGACGAGUUCGCGGACAAGGAUAAAUUUGUGACGGGCGCGUACAAGAAGCAGCAGGAGGAGAACAAACGUCUAGAAGAGGAGGAGAGGCAGAGAGAAGAGGCGGAGGAGGAGCGUAGGCGGAAGGGUGGUGGUAUGACUGGAUUUCACAAGGACUUACUGAAGAAGGACGAGGAACGUCAGCGGACGUUGGAGGAGGCUGCGAAGGAAGCACAACAGAGGAAGGAUGAAGAGGGUGGUGGUGAGGAAGGGAACACGGAUGAGAAGACGGAGCAGAAACUUGCGGCCGAGUUGAACGAGCAAGGUGCUCAUGUUGUCGUGAAUGACGAUGGUGAGAUCGUGGAUAAGCGACAAUUACUCUCUGCAGGUCUCAAUGUUGCGCCUAAGAAGCCUGGUGUAGACCAAGUCGAGAAGAAAGCGUCAGCGCAGAAGGCGCAGGAGUGGCAGAGAUCUGCUAAGCAGCAGGAUGCAAGACUGUCACAACGAGAACGACAGUCCCGAAUGAUGGAGAGACAACUCGAGGAGAUUACUGCCAAGCAGAAUGAGAGUGAGCUUGCGGAGCGGAAGGAGGUUGAGGAAAAGAACAAGAGUAAGCUCACGGAGAACGAUAAAUUGAGUGCUAAGGAGCGGUAUCUGCAACGUAAGAAGGAGAGGGAAGAAGAAGCACAGAGAGUCAAAUCGGGUGCUGGAUAA